UUGAAAUGUGGCCGACGCCAAGUUCGACGCGCGGCGUCGGUCGUGAAAAAUGUUUGUGAAUGUUCAGAUUCCGUGCAUCGUUAAAAUAAUUUGGACUAAACGCAUAUUUGCGUUUUUUUUGUGUCGGUAGACAUUAGUAGUGUCGACCAUAAUCUAUCCUCGAAUGUAGUGCUGUUUGCUUCGCAGUGAAAAUGCCUUUUUUUCCUAUGUAGAGCUCAACAUUAAAGUAAUUCAGGGGGAAAGCUCGAAUUAACGUUUUAGUAUUUUUGGACGCUAAUCGAUAUUAAAAUAGAUAUUUUUAAAAUAAUGUAUGUCAUUAUUACGUAAGGAAAUUUGGUGAUAUCGCUAAAAAAAUAGCUAAACGUUGCCAACUUGCUCUAAGACCCCAAUGUUUGAAAAGUUAAUUUCUGACUUAAAUGAUGAUUCGAGCAUAUUUUUCACACUUUCAAAACAUAUAGUUAAAAAAAGGGUAAAAUAACACCUUCACCCACUGACGCGUCCAAAUACUUCUGAAUUUGUGAUUGUAAGUUAUUAGUUUGAAAUAUAAUAAUACCUGGAGCCACGCACACCAGCAGCUGGCUGUUUACAAUUUUCGGUCAAAACAUAUAUGAAAAUAUUAUUUGUAAUUCGUCUACUCCUGAGCAGAGUUGGUGUAAUAAAUAUGCUGAUUUCUUCAGAGUCUUUAUCUAACACUUCAAUUUACUGUUUACUUUGCAAUAGUGCAGUGUUGUGGUGAACAAUAAAAUUAUUAGUGUUUAAAUUUGGAUAUUACUAUGGCACUGGAUUCUAUUACGAGAAAAUGAGCAGGUCGACCAAGAGCGACAGCCUAGCGAAAUCUGAACCUUCGUCAAAGGAUAUGACAGCAUCAGUUAAUACGGCCGUUCACGAAUUCUCUGGAGUCCGUCUUCCCCUUCAGCCAUACACUGGAAGCCAUGCCGUUUUUAUGUAUUCCACAGCUUCGGACGGUAACGUCACGUUGCAGCUCAAAGAGCCCGAUGAUCUCGACAGGAAUAGCCUGGCGGUCAUGCUGGCACGAUUACAAGAAGACUCUUCGUUUUCCAUCUACACCCAGGACACGGAUAUUCUGUCGGAUGGAGGUAUCGACGUUCUGCUCGGUCCGGGCAGCUCUGGAGAAAAUUCCGGUAAGUACCAUUUGAAAAUGCCAAUUUACAUGCGAGAAGGUCAGUAGAUGGAUUUUAAAUCCAGAAGUUCUUUGCAGCAAGUCAAAAUGUCGCUUAUCUCGGUUUUGUAAGCCACUUUUUGAAUACUGGCUGAUUUCUGCAUCAGAAAGUAACCCUUAACGGCGCAUUGUAUCGCCUUAUAAUAAAAAAAUCAAAUAUUAGGAAGGU